AUGAAAUAUGUGUACAAGAAAAAGAUUGCUUCACUAAACAAACAUACAAUGCGAGGAACAAGUAGCGACUCAUUGAUGCGAAUAGUAAGUCAUCUGCACACAAGAUGCAUUGUGCAAAUGCACUCCAUUGAUUCAACCGUUUCAGAAAUCAAUCGCCUUCGUGAUGAGCAAUUGUACCCAAAACUAGUUCAGCUUGUUAAAGAAAUGGGCACAAUGUGGGAGAGAAUGGGAAAGCAACAUGAAAACCAAUGGAAGAUGGUGCAGGAGUUAAUCAAAAUCUCUCAAUCCCGGAAUGAAACAAGCGAGGACAAUCAUAGCAACACAAAGCAACUCCAUGUUCAUGUCAAGAUGUGGUGUUCUGGAUUUCAAAAACUUAUUCUACACCAGAAAGAGUAUGUUAAAUCUCUCAAUAAUUGGCUAGAAUUAAACCUCAUGUCUAUCGAUAACAACUUAAGAGACAAAGCUUCCUCUCAGCAAAAGCCUCAAAACCCUAAGAUUCAGUCAUUGUUACGUACCUGGCAAGAUCAACUCGAGAAGCUUCAAGAAGAAGGUGUCAAAACCGCUAUAAACACUUUCGCGGCUGCAAUUUCUACCAUAAUUCAUUAUCAAUCAGACGAGAUGCAGAUGAAAGAGAGGUGUGAGGAAACUCGAAGGGAGAUAACCAGGAAAUCACGAAAGUUUGAGGAAUGGUGUGAUAAACAGAUCGCGAAGAGAACUCCAACAGAUGUGGUGGAUGAUAUAGAGGUGAUUGCGGAGCACCAGAUUGUGAUGGAGGCGUUGAAACGGAGGUUGGAGGAGGAGGAGGAGGCAUAUCGGCGGCAGUGCAUUAAGGUGAAGGAUAAGUCGUUGAUGAAUAAGAAGACCGGUUUGUCGUUGGUCUUCGCGGGCACGUCCGAGCGCUGUCGUUCUUUGGUUUUUACCUAAUUUACAAAAUCCAGUAAAAAUGUGGUACGCAAUUUACAGAUUAACCAGAAGGGCGACAGGACUACAGAGGAUACGCUUCAAAAAAUCGAGAUUAUCGUUAGGGAGAAUGGGGUUACUUUUGGGCUUUGUAUGUUAGACAGUUAAACUAAGGCCCAUGUUCAAGCUAGGCCAGUAUUGGCCCACCUAUGUAAGACCCACUGGCACUGGCUACUGACUAAUAUAUACUGCAAAUAAUUUGUAAAAUCAAAGUUUAUAUAAAUUUGCAAAUAUUCUAAAAAUUCUAUCA